UCGGAAGCUACCCAGCCUGGGAUCCCUUCAUGCAGGGUGUCUGGGAAAGCAUGGCUUUGCCAGGUUGCCACUGGAGCUGAGGGCGAGGGUCGGCGCCACAUGUAGGGUUGCAUUCCCCCCUCCGCCGUGGACUCGGCUGCAGCCCCACGGGUCCCCAGUUCCCGGACCGUUUCACACCUAGACCUCCACUGGGAGGUACAGCUGGUCUGGAGGGCCCGGGAAAGGGUUGCGGGUAGGACCCGGAGUCAGUCCGAGAGGACGAGGGUGGCGGAGUCCCUGUAUUUCCCGGCCGGACCGCCCCCUGGGGCCUACGCGACGCGCGCGCCCUUUCGCCCACUCUGCGCCUCUCACUGCCCCUAGACUUCUCGGGACCACACCUUCCGCUCCCGCUCACAUGGCGGACAAGAAGCUGGUGGUGGUGUUUGGAGCCACAGGUGCCCAGGGAGGCUCAGUGGCCCGGACACUCCUGGAAGAUGGGACAUUUAGGGUCCGAGUGGUGACCCGGGACCCUGGGCAGAGGGCAGCGAAGCAGCUGAGGCUGCAAGGUGCAGAGGUAGUGCAGGGAGACCAGGAUGACGAGGCCAGCAUGGAGCUGGCCCUGAGCGGGGCUCACGCCACCUUCAUUGUGACCAACUACUGGGAGAACUGCAGCCAGGAGCAGGAGGUCAAGCAGGGAAAGCUGCUGGCCGAUCUGGCCAAGCGCCUGGGCCUGCGCUACGUGGUCUACAGCGGCCUGGAGAACAUCAAGAAGCUAACAGCGGGGAGGCUGACAGCGGGACACUUUGACGGCAAAGGGGAGGUGGAGGAGUAUUUCCGGGACAUCGGCGUCCCCAUGACCACUGUGCGGCUGCCCUGCUAUUUUGAGAACCUCCUCUCCUACUUCCUGCCCCAGAAAGCCCCGGAUGGAAGGAGCUACUUGCUGAUUUGCAGGGCCAUCAUCAAGUCACCUGUGUCCCAUCACUGAGCUGGAGUUCAUCCCCACAGGCUCCUGGGUGGUCUGAAUGGGCAGCCGUGGAAACUUCACAGGCAGGGUCUGAGGGCUCCAGGUGCCUCAUCUAGACAGAGCUCUGCUGCUCCCUCCCGAAAGCCACACCGCGGCCGGUAGAGUCACUCAUUAACACGUUUAUCAGCACCCACCCACCACGUUGCUCUGGGCUCGGCCCCGGCCUUGGCCACCCGAGCUUUCUUUCUGGCGUUUGGAGCACCCUCUGUGGGAGUCCAUGUCAGGAACUGGGGUUUGCACCCAUUCUUGGGCAGAGCGCCUUUCAAAGCCCCUUGCUCUCCUUCUGCUUGUUGCGGUCUCAGGCCUGACGGGUUGGCAGGCCUGGAGUUCUCCCCGGCCCGGCUCCCAGGAUUUGAACGGCCUGCCAGCGGCAGAGCUCUGUCGUGUCCCGUUUCCUGACUCAGUUCUGCUGCUGACCCUGAAGUGUCUGAGUUAGGCCAGGUGCUGACCUGUGGGCCAACCAGCUGGUGGAGACCGACCCCUCAAGAGACACAGGCCAG